AGGAGGAGGGAAUCCAGAUGGGAAGGAGCAGCCGGCAGCUCCGCUGCAGAGAGAAGCAGAGACCAGAGGAGAGAGUGGGAAGCCUCAUUUCUGCCCUGAGAUGAAAAACUCUUUCAUCAAACACUGAACCAUCAGAUCCCUCUGUGCUGCUGCCAUGUAUUUUGGUAAUGUGUGCCACAGUCCCCUGCCGCCKCUGGCUCGUCCCCCGCUGGGCAGGACCCUGGCCUCCCCCGACCCCAAGGGCCUCCUCCCCUUCCAUCUGCUCCCCGGAUUCACCGACAUGGAUCACAUCCACAAAGCCUUGAUUGGUCCAGGUUACGGGUUAGCUUUACCCCUAAAGAAGAAAAGCAGCUCUUGUGGAGUCUGUCGAGUGAGAUUCAACUCUGAGGCUCAGGCUUCUUCCCAUUACAGUGGCACGAGGCACACGAAGAGGCUCAAAGCUCUGGAUGCCCCAGAUUCAAAGAUCAAGACCUCUGAAGCAGUCAUCAGGAAAACCACAUCGCAAAUCCUCCCGUCACCCUGCUCCCAGGCCUCCAGCUCUGACACAACAUCAGACGCCCCAACCCCAUCCUCUGACACAGCAUGGUCACAGAGUGGUCUUUGUGCAACACYAAAAGAGGCUUCUAACCACUCCCUGCCGCCCAGUCCAAAACCAACAGAAAAAGAGCCCCCGAAGGAAGCAGAAGAAGAGGCUCCCGAGGAAGAGACGGAGGAAGAAAAAGCAAAACGUCUCCUCUAUUGUUCCCUCUGUAAGGUGGCRGUCAACUCGGCCUCACAGCUUCAGGCUCACAACAGUGGUACGAAGCACAAAACCAUGCUUGAAGCCAGGAGCGGCGAUGGAGCCAUCAAGUCGUUCCCGAGGAUAGGGGUCAAAUCCAAGAUGGCCGCUCCAGUGGAGUCAUCAACGGGGCUCCAGAACAAAACUUUCCACUGUGAAAUCUGCGAUGUGCACGUGAACUCUGAGACUCAACUCAAACAGCACAUUAGCAGCAGGAGACACAAGGACAGAGCAGCAGGUAAACCAGCCAAGCCUAAAUUCAGCCCCUACAGUCCCAACCAGCGUCACCAGAGUCUCCAGGCA